CGCUCGCGCUGUCCCUGCUGCGCGCGCAGCUUUCGCGCUCCCCCCUCCCCCUCGAGGCGCCGCCUGCGGGUCCCGCGCGCGCGGCCGAGCACCGGAGCUUCCCUCAGAGCGGCGGCGGCGGCGGCGGCGACGGCGCCAUGACGGCGGAGGAGCGCGGGGCUGAGGAGAUGAGCGCGGCGGCUGCGGCGGCCGCGACGGCGGCCUCGGAGGGCCUCGACAUCACCGCCAAGUGCGACGGCGGCGUCCUCAAGGUGGUCAAGAAAGAAGGGACGGGCACCGAAUGCCCCAUGAUAGGGGACAGAGUGACUGUCCACUACACUGGAUGGCUCUUGGAUGGUUCCAAGUUUGACUCCAGCCGGGACCGAAAGGACAAAUUCUCCUUCGAUUUUGGAAAAGGUGAGGUGAUCAAAGCAUGGGACAUCGCUGUGGGGACCAUGAAGAUCGGGGAACUUUGCCAGAUUGUCUGCAAACCGGAAUAUGCCUAUGGCUCUGCCGGCAGCCCCCCUAAGAUACCUGCUAAUGCCACCCUGUUUUUCGAGAUAGAACUGUUUGAGUUCAAGGGAAAAGACUUGACCGACGAUGAAGACGGGGGAAUAAUUCGGCGGAUCCGAAAGAAAGGAGAAGGCUAUUCCAAACCCAACGAGGGAGCCUUUGUAGAGGUCGAGAUUGAAGGUCGGCACGGAGAUCGCGUGUUUGACAAACGAGAGUUACGGUUUGAAGUAGGAGAGGCGGAAAACUACGACCUCCCUCCCGGCGUGGACAAAACGCUACUGAAAAUGGAGAAGCUGGAAGAGGCUGUGGUUUAUCUCAAGCCCAGCUACGGGUUUGGAAGCGUCGGGAAACCAAAGUUUCAAAUCCCGCCAGAUGCCGACUUGCAAUACGAAAUCAAGCUGAAAAGCUUUGAAAAGGCAAAAGAGCCCUGGGAGAUGAACACCCAAGAGAAGCUGGAACAAGGCACCAUUGCAAAAGAAAAAGGCACCCAGUAUUUCAAAGAGGGGAAAUACAAGCGAGCCACCUUACAGUAUAAGAAAACCGUAUCGUGGCUGGAGCAUGAAACCGGCCUGUCGGAUAUAGAGAAAGCCCAGUCCAGGAACCUGAGGCUGGCUGCCCAUCUCAACCUCUCCAUGUGCCAUUUGAAGCUGAAAGAGUUUCCUCAGGUCUUGGAAAACUGCAACAAGGCCCUGGAAUUGGACAGCAACAACGAGAAGGGCCUCUUCCGGCGAGGCGAGGCGAGACUGGCCGUCAACGACUUUGAGUUGGCCCGAGCGGAUUUCCAGAAGGUUCUGCAGCUCUACCCAAGCAACAAGGCGGCCAAAGCCCAGCUCCAGAUCGCCCAGCUGAAGAUCCGCCAGCAGCACGAAAGGGAGAAGAAGAUGUACGCCAACAUGUUCCAGAGACUGGCAGACAAAGAAGGAAAGCCGGAAGCCGACGCCGGAUGCAAAGAAGAAGCCGACAUGAAAGAGAAGCAGAACGGCGUGGAGGAGAAAACAGACGUCGACAUAGAAAUUUGAGGCUGAGAGUUGAUGACCCGUUAGUUUUCUAAAAAAAAAAAAAAACUGAAGAAUUUCCAGUGAACUUAGACCUUUAUUUUUCUAUCUUGAUUCGGUAAGGGGGGGUGACGGCUGGGGGGGGGGGGCGGUUUAGUGUCUAUCCUAGGAAAAAAAACAAAACGGUGGCAGAACCAGAAACAAGUAACGUUUGAUGUAUUAUUUAUUCGGACAUGCAUCCUUUACUCUGUUGUUGUUGAGCUUGAAAGUUCUGUUAGGGUCCCUUUUUUCCUAUCAGUUUCCUCAUCUCCCUGGCAUCCUUCUCAGGUUUCCAGCUUGGCCUAAUCAAGUGUCACAUUUUAUUCCUCCCCGUCUUUACUCCCCCCCUCCCUAUUUUUAAAGAAAGUUUUUAUCUGCACAUGCACACAGCUAUUGCAUGAGAGGCCUAAUAAACACAAAAGAGAGCUGCCUUUUCUGCCGCAGCCUAACAUCCUCUCUUCGGCUCCGUUGUCACGGAUGCCCCAAGCAGGGCUAGCCACUUUUCUUGUCAAAGGGCUCCUCUUCUCCCGGAGAGGAAAAGAAAUAGAAAACCAAAAACUUGAGCAGUAAACUCUAAAAGUCUGGAGGGUUAGUGGCCCUCGGACUGUUAAAUGCAGAUAUUCCUCCCUCCCCGAGUUCGCUCAACAUCAGAACCACCAGGUUGGAUAAAUGACUGCCUGCCAAGGGCAUCGGCUAGUAGGAUCUUUGGAAUAAAGAGGACAUAUCAAAAGUGCAGGAAAAUAAUAUCUGGUCACCCAGAGUUGCAGGUCAGUGACAAUUAGCCAUUUUCUGGAAGGAGGCCGCCCACAUGCCAUAAGCUUUCAAACAUCUGCCAGUUGGGAGAACAUCCUUCUACACCAAUGUGGUGGGAUUGAUCUGCAGCGUCUCCUCCUGGGAUGUCCCUAUGUCCCUCCCCCUCCAUUGAGCACAGAAAGACCUAAUGAGAUAGAUCAGGCAUUCCCACUAGGACUGUGACGGUGAACCUGGCACGCAUGGCCUUGCCUGCUUGUCUUCCGGGUUUCUGGCGCGCACGCAACAACCAGCUGUCCUUCACGCGCAUGGCAGUGCCGAAAACAGAUGUGCACAUGCGGCCUUAGCCAGCUGAUCGUCUGGGCGUGCAUGAGCGCUAAAACCCGGGAGUUUGGCUUUCCCGGAGCGCGAUCCCUUUGCACGUGUGGCCAUGUCGAAAACUGGGCCUCGCCAGCUGAUCGUUGCGCGCGCAUGCACGCUAGAACCCGGACGUUCAGCUUUCCCAGAGCCUGACAAGUGGCGAAAAGGUUUGCCAUGACCGCACUAUGACAUUUGCCUACGUUCCCACAAUUCCCUCGGGAGCCUGCCCACAACUCCCGCCAACAGUUCAAGGCUUAGCCCCUUGUCCAGCCAGGUGGGAAGAAGGGAGGUCAGUAGUCCAGCAGGUCAAGAGGUCACUAAGGAAAUCACGCGUUGGAAUAAAAGCCUAAUGCAGGUCAAGGAACGGAGCACAGAGAUACAGUUUGGAUAGCUGAUCAGAGCAGAUGGGUGGGAAAGCAGGACCGGGAUUUGCACUCCCAGCUCAGUUGGAUUCUUGGAAAAUGGGACAUUGAGAUAAUUUGGAAGAAGGGCGUCAAACCUUGAGCGCCUGGCACCGUGCGCAGCCUUGAAGGCUCUUGGUGAGCCUGUGCUUGGGUGAGGUUUGAAAGACAUCUUCCAAGUGGUCAUUUCCCUGCCUUUAAUGUUACUUUCGUGACGAGCUUGAGCUCUCCGGCCGUGACCUCCGAGCAUAUUGCAACCCAUCCGUGCAUUUCAGGAAUGGGAGCGAGGUGUUGGGCUGAGGCAGUCAAGAGGCAGGUGUGGCUAGGCGGACCGAAGGCUGUGUGCAUCAGUGGCGAUGACUUCUGAAAGAAAAGCGAACGCAAGCGGAGUCAUUUCAUAAUUGGCUUUUAAAAAAAAAACAGUUAAUGCAACCCUGCUCUGUUUCGCCCAUUAUGCAGAUUAAAACUGUAUAAUCUCUG